GUGAACGUGAGGGAUCUGCUUGUGUUUUGCAACAUCGCAAUACGCCAAGUCUGAGAGCACUACGGAUUUGGGUGGCCACACGUGCAAUCUGAAAGUCAGGAGCCGGCACGGCCCCCAGGUCACCCGAGCCCGAACAAGUUGACAGGCUUUUUUCUGUUUCCCCUUUAUUUGCGUUUUGUCAGCCCGGUAAACUCUUCCUGGUGUUUUAGUGGUUUCGCGCCUUCAAAUCAAAGGUCUUUUCCUUCGAUACUGCCAUGGCUGCCACGCCGCCACACCGGUGGGGAGUCGCCGCCCGGCAUCUACAGACAUUCCUUCCAUCGACAAAGGCAGCGAUCCGCCUAAAAGCAGUCUCAGUGUGAACAUUGUGACUGUUUGGCUUCGGUUUUCGUGGCGAUCGCGGUUUUUUGCCUGACUAUGCCACUAGAAUAUGGCUGAGAAGAGGCGGCCCUACGGUGUGACGGUCCAAGCUCUCCGUCGGGGAGACGCAGCUUCCUCCUGUAUCAAUAACCAAUUCAUCUGGCGAGUCACUAAUUGUUUCCUUCCGCGAGUAUCAUCACUGGAACCCGCAGACUGGUGAAUACCUGCGCCGCCUCAGGGUUUCUCUGCGUCGUGUCGGCGGUCGCAAACGUAAGAGGCCGUGGAACACUGCCGCGGCUGUUAAGGACUACGGGUUCGUUUUCUGUUCUGUUACCCCACUUUGUUUGUUGUGGAAGUUCAUUUUCCUUCCCUAGACAUCUCGGUCUGUUCCGAUCCAGUUUGAGUGCCUCUGUGCGCGAGCGAUGAACUCCUGAAAAGUUCGCCUGCGCUCCCGCUGCAGUCGUCUCCGCCCCGUUCACUAAAGAGAGGAGAAGCAGCGGCUGUUCCAAAAGACAAGCGACCUUUUAUGGCGGUGAAAUGCGUCCUUUCUGGUGCUGUGUGAAAACGUGUUUCGUCCACAAAAUGGGUGCGCCGGAUCCGCGUGCUGGGUCGUGCCGACCCGCCCUAAGAGCCACUGUUUUUCCCGAGCAGUGCACUGGAGGUGCGACCUCUGUUCUUUCUCGUAGCGGUUUGCCAAGCUUUCCCCUCCGUGCGUCCUCGCGACCCUCGACUCGGAGCCAAAUACUCCGUUCGUCUGCUCCGUUCUCGACCUCUUCCCUUUGCAUGCUCCUGCUGCUUCUAGGAUUUUCGGUUCUGCGGGACGCCUGUCUCUGCGCCGCGACCGGCGGCGAGCUCACUGCCACGCAGGAGGUCGACUCAUUCUUUGACGAAGGAAAAGCCACGUUGUUUCCACUCAGCCCCAUUGCGUCCUCUUGGUUCACCACGGUUGACGAGGAGGUGAGUUCAGACGAUAUCGACGGCGGGUUCGCGCGCGCCAUGCAUGCGAGAACCGGCCUUGGUCGCUUGGAAACGGAGCCAAAGAAACGAGUGGCUCGAGGCGCAAGCGUGGAAAGCAACAACGGGAAAAAGACGGCGGUGGGUGUCGAAGCCGCCGCGCGGCUGUGGGAAACGGCCAAGGCGUCCAACAUGCUCUUUGCCCCUUCCGCAAGCGAGCUCGCGUCGCCCGCGAACACGAUUGAGUACAGCGAGGGGAUUGAAAGCGCAGGUGCGGAAGGAACGGACGAGAGCGCCGCCAGAAGAGGUCAAGACGUGCCGCUUAUUACCCCGGCAGCGAGAGGGAUCGGCAAACAAAUUUCGCCGGCUGUCGCGGGUCUCACGGGAGUCGCAGUUGAGGCGCAAGCAGAUGUGCAGACUCCGCUAGUGGACCUGAAUGCCACACUCCACCGAAGCCAACGAAUUCAUGCGAACGUCGCUGAAAUGAAUGCGGGUGCCGAAACUGCGGCGACAGCGGAGUUACUGCACAAAGGAAGCCAGACCGAAGGUGCAGACCUGAAUCCGCACCUCGCGCGCCAGCUCCGGAAGAGUCUGUUGCAGCAGAGACGGCAGGCGCGCAAAUUCAAGGAAAUGUCAGUGGAGUCGACGCUGAGGGUGCGUCUGUCGAACCGUCGCUCGGCAAUGCCCACCACGAGAUUGUUCAGAGCCUUGGAGUGGGGUUCGCAGUUCCUGGUCGUCUUUGCAGCCCUUCUGCUAUACAUCGUAUACACAAAAGUGAUGGCACGCAGACGGUCUGACGCCCUUUUUGCCGAGCAGAUAGAGAAGUUUCAGGAGCGUGGACGAGAUCUGGCGAAAGUCGAUCACGAAUAACGAUUUCAAACCAAGACGUGAUUUUGUUUAAGCAGUGCAGUCUGCAUUAAGUGCGAGCCGGUUGGCUCUGCAUCCCGAGGAGACUGGUUCGCUAAGUCGAAGACUUGCUGUUCGUGGUAUCAGGAGUAGCCUCGCGUCUGCCAGGUGUUUCUCUGUGGCGGACGCAGUUUUGUGGACAAGCAGCUGGAGUGUACGUACACUGAGCGCAAGUCACUGGGAGGCUCGGGAAUUGCAAAUGUGGACAGGCUGUGGAAUGGCGGUACCCAUAAAAGCGGAACGAAAAAGAAAUACGAACUCGAGAGGAGCCCCUCGUCCUAGUGCAUUUCUUGCCAGGCUAGAAUGGGGUUUACCCUUUGGUCUGGCUACUGAAGGUCUUUCAC